UCGCAGCCGCGGAGCAGCACUGUAUACAAAUAAAUUGAUCGCUUCGAGUGAGUAAGCUAAGCUGCUCUCGCACCUGAUUUGUAUACGUCUACUUCUCGGGAGCUUUCGGAACAGCACUGUCUUUCCCAGGAAAACGAGCUCUUGUUGACAGAACGUCACCAAAAGCCACAAGAUGACCAUCAUCACACAGCCUUUGACCGAAAAGAAGCUGGCAAAGUCCCCACAGGCCAAGCCCUUGGUGCAGCAUGAAGCUGGGGCAGAGAGGGAUGUGGAAGGGAGUCCAGUGAUAGUGACCAUGCGUGCUCGACGUGUGAGCACCACGACUACCCUAUGUGUUUUCAUCACCGCCCUCUUGGUUCUGUCCACCGGCAUUGUUGGUGGCGUCUACCUGUAUCGCCAAUUUACCCAUUAUAAGCUGAGGCAUUUCAAGGGCUGGUGUGGUGUUCCAUAUGUGUCUGAUUAUGAACGUCCCAGUCGCACCCACACUCCAGACUUCCUGCGAUCUAACAGUGCUGGAAGUCGUCCUGAAAGCAGCAACAUGCUGGUCGACUCAGUUAGGGAUAACUUCUUUCAGGAGCGCUUUGACCUUGACCUUGAAUUUGAGCAAUAUGAGCAGAUAGAAGUGCCGGACUUUACACAUGGGCGGCGGGGCCGUUUCAUUCACGACUUUGCCGUGAACAAAACAGGCAUUGUGGACAUGGAUGGCCAACGCUGCUUUGUAAUGCCGCUCAACCGUAGUCUAGUGUUACCCCCACACUCCUUGUUCGACCUGAUUGUCAAGAUGAGGGCUGGCUACUACGACGUGGACACGGAGAUCGUGCGCGAGCGUAUGCGGGUCGUGACGCCGCCCAUCUUGGACUUCCGGGGAGUGGGCUACUACAUCGCCCGGGAGUGUGCAUCCUUGCCCACCUAUCGUCUGGAGCGAAUGACGUCCCCCGUUUUCAAGCGUAGUCUGGACAGCAAAGAUCCUGCAGUUUUUGUGGAAUUUGCCGGAGCCAAGAUUACAGAGAUCGACAUCAUGAACAUUGAUGAUGCUGUGGGUGCUGCAGCUCACGCUUGAGUUUGCUGUGAACUGUGGGUGAAGCUGUUUUAAAAGCUGUUUGUUUGUUGCUUCUGCCCUCCUGCAGUAUCGAGCGGCAGGUUCUUUUUUUUUUUUUUUCGUGUACCCGAGUGGGGUCGUGAAUUUGAGGCUGAACAAUUCCAGUUACCUUUGUGUGAUUCUGCUUCUAUCAUGGUGUAUGUUUGGAGAAGUGGUGAUGUCUUUCUUCUUUUUUUUUUUUUUUUUCCCUGUCUCUCCUUUUGUUCUCAGUUCGCUUGCUCAUUUAUUGAGGUAUUACCUGGAUCAACUGGUCACAACUAUUCUGUGCUACAAUGAUGAAUUGGAGUCUGAAGCCAGUUUUCAUGCUUUCAGUGCAUAUCAAAAUUUGACACUGGGUCUGUACAUGCAGUGUCACUGUACGAAACCUGUUUGCCUAAAUGUCUAGUCAUUGCUGACCUCAGUCUGUAGUACUGCACAGAGUAUACAUGCACUGUGGUUCUUGUGUGGAACACAAUCAACCAUGGGACAUUUUAUAAUUACACCUACACUUAUUUGCCAAUUCUGACAGUGAUUAUGGGAUGUCUGGACGUGUUCUGCAACUCCCAAUUGACUUUCUGUAUGCUAAGGAAUCACUCAACCACAGUCACGAGGUCACAGUUCACCAAACAGGCUCAUCGAGAGUUUGAUUACGACACUUCUGUUGGAUUCUGAUUGGCUGCGGUUGUGUCUGUUGUAUUUUAAGGGCUUUUAUGAAGACAAUUGACAGCUGGCAUUAAUACAUCCAUGCUUCACAUUUUCCAUGCCUUGCAUGUUGAUUUGCCAAUUCCUUCUUUGUUCAUAGGCUGAGCUGCCACUGAGUUCACACAGCACAACUCUGAUUAUGCUUCUUUAUCAUCAUUUAUUUUUAUUUGAUGUGAAUACCUUAAUCUUCCUUUUCUUUCUCUCUUUUUCUCCCCUAGAAAUAGGCGUGGUCAGGAGACAAUACAAAAUAGUCUUCACCGUGUACCUGGCUUAAUGUGUAUUUUUGUUUUACACUUGGAACCCAACGUUUAAAUAUUGCAUAGAACUUGAGAGAAGAUUCUGACAUUGCCAAAAGGAUGCAAUAGCACUAGCUUUGCAUUAGAUACGAUGGAAUGUUUGUUGAUUGAUGCAUUGCUUUCGUUAUUCUGAUUUAGUGCCAUCCACAAAGUUGUUUAUGUCGAUAAUUAUUAUAUACACAAGUGAGAGCAUAAUGUAUAUGACAACACAAAUGUAUUUGACAGCCUUUUGAUUGGGUGAAGAUGAUGGAUUGUGAGAUAGCACAACUGUGUGAGCACACAUCUCGCUGAUAAGACUUGCAUUUUCGUGUGUCAUGUCUGGAGCUCUGGUGUGUCCGUAAAGCACUGUGCCACUUAGAUGUACGCACAGUGAUUGUUAGAACCAUUUUCGGCUGCUUCGCAACUGCAGUGCUUUUCGUUGGCAGAUCUGCCCGUACUUUGAUUGGAAUGGUGCUCUGACUGGCGGCAAAGUGCUGCUUUGAGCAGGAAUGUCUUGUAUGUAAACAAGUUUAUUUUGUGUUCCAUACAUUUUAUGUACUGUUGCGCCCACCAGUCAGUAAGGGUGUCCUCCUAAACGCACCCUGCUAGCAGAAUGUAAAAUAUAAACCAGUGUUGGUACAAGUACAAUGUAAUUAAGGAAGAUUGUAUUGAACCUUUCUUUUCCAUGUGGGAAAUAAAGGCUGGAAUCUAA